AUGGCAACAGAUUCGACGCCCGCCUCUUUGGAAACUACGAUGGAGAACGAAGACUCACCGCAUCCCGACAUUUUGUUUACGAGCGUCGAAGAUAUCCUAGUGUCUCUGGCCAACCUUGACAAAAACCAAGAUGUAUUUUGCGUCGGUGAUGUAUCCCCCGAAACUUUUCGCGAUAUCGAAGCGGAGCGUGAUCGCCAGGGAAAGAAGUUUGGCCUUUUCUACCAACCUGCGUAUGAAGCGGUCAUUAUCACGGUUCCAACGCUCGGGCAUUCCAAUAUGCAUACAAUACUCUACGAUAUGGUUCGAGAUAGUCUGAGAGACAUGACAGCCCACAUCGGAUGGAUGUCGCUAAGCACAACGACAUUCGAUGCAACGAAUGGCUCUUCAGGACAAGCUGACUCGGCUGGCUGGCCGAUUGACAGCCGCAACGCAGGCGACUGGCCAACGCUGGUCGUCGAAGCCGGUUUCUCGCAGACCUUGCCGUCUCUUCGGGCCAAGAUGCGCUGGUGGUUCUCGGCAUCUGACCACCAAGUCAAGAUGGUCGUGCUUGUAAAGAUGGACGCCUCGCACGAAACCAUCUGCAUCGAAAAGUGGGUGGAACGGCCCAACCGUCCAGGAGCCACGACGACGCGCCAGGUUACGCGUGCUGGUUUGCGGGCGCCCGAACCCUUCUGUGACCAAUCAAUCAAUAUUACUUGGACAGGCCCUGCUCCCAUUAUGGAUAUGUCGAAGCAAGACCGGACGCCGGCACGCUUUCGCGUCAGUGGCGCCCCGUUGGUGAUUGGAUUUGCAGAAGUUUACCUUCGUGCCCCUACCGUCGGAGAGCACGAUAUCGCCAUUACCGAUGUGGACCUCCAGAAUUAUGCCAGCCUUAUCUGGAAAUAUAUCGUUUGA